AGAAGGCAGCGGCACUGGAGAAUCUGCAGCAAACGCAGAAACACGUCCUGGAGCAGUCGCCCAUUUUCUACCAGCAGUCGGAUUAGUCGGGUUGCUUCAUCGUCGUAGUGUAGUAGUAGAGUAAUUAGAAUAAGCGUAUAAGAGAUGUCUGAUUUGGAGGAAGAGGAAAUCGAUUUGUUGGAGGAGGAAUUUACGAGAGCGACGAAAUUCAUCGAGUGCAGUCACGAUCAGUUUGAUCAGAAAGAUUUGCUGAAAUUUUACGGCUUUUAUAAGCAAGCAACGGUCGGGAAGUGUAACGUUCCAAAACCAGGUAUUUUUAACGUGAGCGGUCGGACCAAGUGGUCCGUAUGGAACGAUCUAGGAGAUUUGUCGAAGGAGAGCGCAAUGAAAGGGUACAUCCUGCAUUUGGUUGGUUUGAAGCCGGAAUGGGAUCAAGUUUCGGAAAGAGAUGAUUUUAAGCCACAAAAGGGUUCCUGGGUGUCUGUUUCAACCCACGCUAACCGGGAUGAGGAGGAUGAUUUGUCUGGUGAUAAGUCAAUAGUCGAUUUCAUCAAGGAAGGCAACCUGGCAGAGGUUCAAUCCGCGCUGCAAUCAGUGGACGAAGACAUUGGUUCCAUUAUUAACGCCCUGGACGAAGAGGGUCUUGGACCGAUUCACUGGGCUGCCGAUCGGGGAAAUAUUGAUAUAUUGCGCCUGCUGCUUCAAGUGCCGAGGACGAACGUUGAUUUUAGGGAUUCCGGUGGACAAACUGCUUUACACUUUGCCGCUAGCUGUGGCAAUCGGGAGUGUGUUCAAUUGCUGUUGGAAUUCGGCGCGGAUCGGACGGUGCGAGAUGACGAGGGAGAAUCUUGUGUGGAUGUCGCUUUCGAUGAGGAAAUUAAACGAUUGCUGAUGUAAA